UCAUUUUAUAAAUAAAAAGAUAAACAAUAGAGUAAUGGGGUUUACGAAAAAACAUGGUGGGGAAAAUACACUGCUGGACUCGAGCACGCUUGGUUAGGAUGUGCAGGUGAUUGUUAGCCUUGACUGUGUGGGAGGAAAAAACCAGGUGUAGGGUUUGCAGUCAUACAACAUAUACACAGUCCCAUUGCACAAACAACAGUCAUGCUGAAAACCGACGCCUUCUUUUUACGCAAUCUACAGGCCCGGAAAUAUGGAAGAAGGGCUGUUGCUACAAGUAUCAUAAAUUUUACAGAUAAAGAGACUGCAAAGGGCUCUUAUGGUGGAACUAGAUUACUGUCCUGGCUUGCAGGAAACAAAUCAAGUAGCCUGCCUCCCCUAGAUUUUCCUUUGCCAGGUGUAAAACUCCCACCUUCACUUCCAGAUUAUAUUGAGCCAAUAAAGACAAAUAUUACAACUCUCCCAAAUGGUCUGAAGGUUGCAUCAGAAAGCUCAUUGAGUCCCACAGCAUCAAUUGGACUGUAUGUUGAUUGUGGUUCUGUAUAUGAGACACCCUUGUCAAGUGGGGCAACUCACCUCCUGAAACAAAUGGCCUUUAAAACCACAAGAAACCGCAGUCAUUUGCGAUUGGUUCGUGAAGUGGAGGCAAUUGGAGGAAGUGUUACAGCAUCUGCAACCCGAGAACAGAUGGGUUAUACUUUCGAUGCACUUAAAUCAUAUGUCCCAGAGAUGGUUGAAUUGCUGAUUGAUAGUGUGAGAAAUCCUGUUUUUCUUGACUGGGAGGAUAAUGAGCAGCAGCUAGCAAGAGUGAAAUCAGAGAUUGCAAAAAAUUCAAAUAAUCGACAAAGUUUGCUUCUGGAGGCCCUUCAUUCUGCUGGCUAUUCUGGUGCAUUACAAAAUCCUCUCUUGGCACCCAAAUCUGCCAUUAUAAGAUUAAAUGGUACAAUUUUAGAGGAGUUUGUUGCUGAGAAUUAUACUGCUCCACGCAUGGUUUUGGCAGCCUCUGGAGUUGAUCACGAACGACUGCUCUCUGUAGCUGAGCCUCUAUUAGCUGACUUACCUAAUGUUCCUUGUUCUAAGGUGCCAAAAUCUGAGUAUGUUGGUGGUGAUUUUAGGUGCCAAGCAUAUUAUCGGUCGACACAUGUGGUUCUAGCAUUCGAGGUACCUGGGGGUUUGCACAAUGAAAAGGAUGCUAUUGCAUUAACAGUUUUGCAGACACUAAUGGGGGGUGGUGCCUCUUUCUCACUUGGUGGGCCUGGCAAAGGGAUGCAUUCUCGAUUAUAUUGUCGAGUUCUGAAACAGUACCGAAAAGUACGAUCAUUUUGUGCUUUCAAGAGCAUGUACAAUGAUAGUGGUCUUUUUGGCAUCUAUGCAACUACGGGUUCAGACUUUGUAUCGCAAGCUGUAGAGUUGGCAACAGGAGAGCUCCUAGCCAUUGCAGUUCCUGGACAAGUGACCAAUGUGGAGCUAAAUCGUGCCAAGAACUCUACUAAAUCAGCAGUUUUGAUGAAGUUGGAGUCAAGGAUGGUUGUGACAGAGGAUAUUGGGAGACAAAUCUUGACCUAUGGGCAAAGGAAACCAGUUGAGCAUUUACUGAAUGUUCUUACUGAAAUUACUUUGGAUGACAUUACUUCUAUUGCCCAAAAAGUCAUUUCUACACCGCUUACUAUGGUAGCAAUGGGGGAUGUUGUGAAUGUCCCAAGCUAUGAUUGUGUCAGCUUUUUAUUUCGUGCAUCUCAACUUUUUGAUUCUUGAAGUUCAAGCCUUGAUGUUCAGGAUACUCGGAUUAUGAAUUGUUGGGUAUAGCAUAGGAGUUCUCUUUAGAGAAUGGUUUUGUUGCUGUAUACCACCUAUAUAUCAUUAUUUGUAUGCUCUUUAGUUCAUUCUAUGUAGCAACCUUGUUGAUCCUAAUUUUUUGGUUGCUAAAAUUCGAGCCUUCAUGUUCAGAAGACUUGGAGGAUGAAUUUUUAGAUGAUCUGAAUUUUCUAUAAUUCAUUUCCAUUUCUGUAAGGAUUUGCCAAGGAAUCUUGUGCAAAAUGGAACAACACAAAUGCAAAUAACAGAAGGUAUCUGAAUAUUUGUAUGUUUGGUCUAAUUUUUGGUCGUGUUGUUCUGGUGACUGAAAUAUUCUUUGCUAUUUUUUUUAAUCAACUGCUUUUCCAUUAUAUGACAACUGUUUAUGUUUUCUUAAUUGAAAAUUUUAAACUGUUACCAUACCACACGUGCUACAAUUCAGUGGAUCCUGAUCUCGUUCCAAUUUUUCUGGGCUGUCUCAGAGAUUAGAUAUUGGUUCGUGCAGUUCAGACAUUGAAUAAAUAUUUUAUUUUGUU